UUAUACAAAACCAAAUACGAAAAAAAAUACGACAUCUAUAUGUACAAAAUCUCAAUAGAACAAAAAAAGUUUAAUAAGAAGGUCGUUCAUAUACCUCAUCGCUCAUAGAAUCAAACGGUCGGUUAGAGUGUAAAGACGUCUGUCUGUAUCAGUUUUGUUUUAUUAUUAUUAUUUUUUAGUUGUUCGUAGGCUGGAGAAAAUACAAAUUACAAUAUUAAAAAUAAAUUGAAAACCAAAAAAAAAACUUUGUUUAGAUUUAUAUCUCACACAAGUCUGGGGGAUUGAAUCAUUGAUUUCGAAUUUUAAACGUCCAUAAAACACAAAAAAAGGCCACAAGAUGCGGUUAUUUCCAGUGCGUUACUCCAAAAUACCGAAAAUGCUUGACAUUUACUCACAAUUCAAUCCAUCACCGCUCUCUAUAAAACAAUUCAUGGACUUUGGUCAAAAUGCUUGUGAGAAGAAAUCAUUUAUAUUCUUACGUAAAGAACUUCCGGUACGUUUGGCGAAUAUAAUGAAAGAGAUUGCUUUAUUGCCCGACAACCUGCUCAAUACUCGUUCCGUUAGCCAGGUCAGUUCGUGGUAUGUGAAAAGUUUCGAAGAUGUCUUGGAAUUCGAAAAAGCUGAACCAACUCACGAUAAUCUACAGGAUUUCUGCCGAUCAUUAGAACACAUACGAAAUCGUCACAAUGAUGUGGUACAAACCAUGGCGCAAGGCGUCAUCGAAAUGAAAGAAAUUCAGGGCAAUGAUGUUGACUCAUCGAUGGAAACAUCGAUACAAUACUUUUUAGAUCGUCUUUAUAUGUCACGCAUCAGCAUACGCAUGUUAAUCAAUCAGCAUACUCUUUUGUUUAGCCAAUGUACCAGCGAUCAAGGCCGUCAUAUAGGUUGUUUGGAUCCUGCUUGCCAACUAUCAGCUGUUGUUGCAGAUGCCUAUGAAAAUGCCCGCUUUCUGUGCGAUCAAUAUUAUUUAACCAGUCCGGAAUUGGAAAUUGUUGAACAUGAUCAGGUAUCUGGUGAAACAUUGCCCAUACGUACGGUCUAUGUGCCAUCGCAUUUAUAUCACAUGCUCUUUGAAUUAUUCAAAAAUUCAAUGCGUGCUGUUGUUGAGACCCAUGAUAAUGAAAAUUGUGAUAAAUUACCACCCAUCAAAGUGUUGAUUGUGCGCGGUAAAGAAGAUAUUUGUGUGAAGAUCUCCGAUCAAGGUGGCGGCAUUGCACGCUCUCAAACCGAUCAACUUUUCAAGUACAUGUACAGUACGGCUCCUCAGCCCUCAAAAUCUGAUUUACAUACUGUACCUCUAGCCGGCUAUGGCUAUGGUUUACCCAUAUCACGUUUAUAUGCUCGCUAUUUCCAUGGUGAUAUUGUGCUCUUGUCCUGUGAAGGUUAUGGCACAGAAGCCAUUAUUUAUUUGAAGGCAUUAUCCGAUGAAGCCAAUGAAUUGUUGCCCAUCUUCAAUAAGACCAGCUCGAAAUUCUAUCGCGCCACAGUACCCACCGGUGAUUGGUCCAAUCAGAGUUCCGAUAUGAGUUCUCGUCAAAUGAAUGCUUCAGCACCGAAGCGCUUCAAUGAUUUUCUAUGAAAAAUACUACCACCAUCAUCGCAACAGCAGCAUUGACACAUUGAGAGUUUAACAACGUUAAAAGGAUUUUAAAGGAAUCGGCAACAGCAACAUCAUCAGCAUCAUCAUAAUCACAAUCAACAGCAACAAUAACAACCGGCACAUUCAGUACAAUUUAGUAAUCAAACUUGAAAUCAAUCAAUCCAAAAGCAACAGCAACUGAAGUGGUCCUUCGAAAUAUACACUCACUCGUAUGUAAUAGACACACAUAUUGAAAACGGCACAAAAAUAUUUAUUAUUUUUAUUUUAAAAAACAAAAAAAUCAUAAGUUACAAUUAAAUAUUAAAAUUUAAAUGGUAUGUAGUUUAAUAAGGCCGUAAAAAACAUUUUAAACACUAAAUUAGGAUAAAUAUUGACAGUUCAUUUCAAGCAUAAGUUUUUAAUUACAUAUUCAUAUAAUACACAUAAUACUAAUUAAAUUUUAUAAUAAUUUAAACCAUUGGUAGGCAAAAAGAGGCAUUUAAUUUGUGUGCUCUUUUGGGUAAAAAAUAAAAUAUCCACAACAACACCAAGAAACUGAAUGAAUUGUGUGUAUUUUUACGCUCUAUUACGCUCUUUUGUUCACAUUCGGGUUGUUUGACGAAAAUCAUCGUAACCUGAACAAUAUGAACGCCUACCAUGGAUUUAAACAUUUUUAGAGAUUUACUUUUUUUAGCCGAAUUUAUAUAUUUGUAUUUAAGGCGCAAAAGGAUUAGCUCAAAUCGGUUAUGCUUUAGUAAAUAUUUUAUGAUUAAAAGAAAUUAAUUUAAAAAAAUCUAUUAAAAAUUGUUCAGCUUUCGGACAGUCGUAAGGGAUUUCACCUCUGGUGUAACUUCAAAUCUGACAUAGCUUAGUAAAUAUUUCCGGGAUAGAAGACAUUCAAUGAUUAGAUUUCCAUUAGAACCAAGUUUAUUCAAACAAAAUCAUGUUGACUUCCACACGGACGAAUAGAAAGUUAAGUCCAUAACUUAUGGUUUCAAAUAUAUGACGCUGAAUAAAAACAAAAAAUGCACAAAUUGUAGAAGCUACAAAUCGCGUAAUAACUUCACUCAACUGAUCCAUUGUUUCAAGAAAAAGAAAUAUUAAUUGAAACUUCUAAGGUUAAAGAGAAAUCUACGACACACAAUUUUGCGAAGAACAUUGUUUUUAUUCAUAGAUCUUAGAUACCACCAAUUUACUUUAGGCAAUGUUGGGACAAAACAGUGCUUUGCGACUGCCCAGUGUUGGCGGCUAGCAGAGCGAAAUAGAUGGGAAGGGCCUUAAUGGGCACAGUUGACGUUUUUGUUAUUUCAUCCAACCAGUCAUGAUGAAGACAAGGGCUGCAAGUAGUCGAAAAGUACUAUCGGAAUAAACGAAAUUGCAAAAUGAACAGCUAAUGAAAUGUCUACAAAUCCCGAUACAAGAUCAGGAUCAAAAUUCAAGCAUAUGUAAAUGAAACACCAAACAUUCCAAGCGAUCAACAAAUUGAAAGUUGAUCAGUAAGUUAUUUUAGAAAUUUUCAAAGAAAUUUUUAUUUUAAAUCGAGUUGAUCAAAAAAUAAGUCGGCCUUUAACAACAUGUUUACAAAUGAUAGUCAUUUCAAAUCUAUAUUCUUAAUUAAUUGACGCCAAAAUUGUGAAAUAUAGAAAACAAAUCAAAAAUUCUCAUUCGUUCUGAACUAUUAUUUUUAUUAUAGUUCUGAAAAUUUUUAGAUUUUCACUACAAUCUUAAAAUUUAUUGAUUUUAUUGAAUUUGUCUCCAAAAUCAUUUAAAAUAUGUUAAGCACUGUACAAUGGCUUCAGAGCUUCGAAUUAAUUAAUUCAACUUGAGCUUAAUUCACUAAAAUCUUAAUUUGGAAUUAAAAAAUGUCAGCCAUUUCAUUUCAAAAAUUUAAUUCUUUAGCUUCAUUCAAAGGCUUUUGUUCAUUAAUCGUUGAAUUAAUUUGUAAUGGAAUUAAUUCUUAACAUAAUUGAUUGAUUAAAUUUUUGUUAAUUCAAAUCUAAUACAAAAUUGAACUAAAAUAUUUGUUCUUCUUUCAAUUUGUUUGUGUUUUGCUUUUAAUGAUUUACAAAGUGAAUUACAAAAUAUUGACUUAAAAUUUGAUUUAUUCAAUACAUGAAUUAAAGAAAACAUGAGUGAUUCAAUAAAGAAUUAACUCUAUAAAGAAUGAAUUCUUAAAGAAAUGAAGUCAAUAUGUUUGGAAUACUAAGGAAUUAAGAUAUCGAAUUAAUUCACGCUGAUUGCUUUAAUGGAAUUGUUAAGAGAAUAUAUUUAAUUUGAUUUUGAAAAUUUAAUUAUGAAUUAAUCUUUCGAGUCUUUCAUCAAUUAAAAAAAAAACGAAUUUGCUCAUAUUCAUUUAAAAAUUUUAAAUCGAUUUAGAAAUAAUUUCGUUAGGAUUCGUUAAAGGCGUUAAUUUUUAAAAUAUGGAAUUUUCAAUAUUCGGAGGUAUAUUUUUUAUAUUUAGAGCCAUUAAGAACUAUUGACAAUUGCUCACUAGGGUUAUAUAGUUUAAACAAAAAGUCGACUUCGACCUUUCGACUUUUUAAAAUUUUUGAAUAGUCUACUUUUCUACUUUUCGGCUAUUUAUGAAACUUCGAAUUUUCGACUAUUUUUAACAUAUGUAACUUUUUUUGAUUUUUUUCGGAAUAACGUAAUCGAUUUUUCGACAUUUUUCAGAAAAAUUUGUAUUCCCUAAAUAAUUUUUGAUAAAAAAAUUGUUUAUAUUUGAUCUGUUCAAAUAAUAUAACAUUCGAUUCAGUACAUGUUGUUGACAUUUGAUAAGAUAUUGAAACUCAGAUGAUGUCAAAAGGUUUUAUAUGGGCACAGAUACUCAAAUCUGCACGGAUCUGAAAUUUCCAUCUGUAGUCUAAAGCCAUAAUUUUUUUUAACAAAUAUUAUAAGUAUUUUAAUACUGUCAGGAUUCAGUAUUGAACAUAAAUUUUACAUUGAUUGUAUUUUACAUUAAACAUUUUCACAUUUUCAUUUAAGAUUUUUUUUAACUAAUUUGUUAUCGGCUGUAAUAGCUAAUAAUCAUAGUAUUAUUAUAAAUUUCAUUAAAUUGUGUUAUAUUAAUAAGUUGUUUAAUUAUUUUUUAAGAAUAUGUAACAUAAAAUUAAGUGUCGUAUUGUAUUUGUAGUAGAUAAUUUUGCAAAACCAAAAAAUUAAAAUAAAAUAAAACUAUAAUUUGAAUAUAAUAUAAUAAAAGAAAAGAAAUAA